AUGAGUGAGAUGCCAGGACAACAACCCUCGCAGUCAAAUCUCAACGUCAACGAGAAGCCUCGCACGGCUUCUAGUUCAGACUCAUCCACCAUUGCCACCAACGUGGAUAGCCCGCCGCGGACCAACAACCAUCACCAUGACCACAAAGACACCUCUUACACGACAAACCGGAACUCAGAGGAAGAGGAUGAAACUCUCCGCAGAGAAGAAGUGGUUCAUCAGCUUGCGAGGCGGUUGACGUCACAAAGCCAUGUUAUGACAGAGUACCAGAACCCAUUCAAUGCGCCUCCCAACUCAGCCCUGGAUCCCCAUGGCGACAACUUCAACGCCCGCGCCUGGACGAAGGCCAUGCUGAACUUGCAACUCGAGGACGAGAAUGUAGGCCCCACCCGUACAGCAGGUGUAUCUUUCCGAGGCUUGAAUGUCCAUGGUUAUGGUAACGACACGGAUUAUCAAAAGAGUGUUGGCAACGUGUGGUUGGAGGGACCAGGGCUGUUCAAACAAUUGUUGGGAGACAAGGGCCGUAAGAUCAACAUCCUGCAGCAUCUGGAUGGUCUAGUUGAAGCUGGCGAGAUGCUGGUUGUUCUUGGACCCCCUGGAUCCGGCUGCUCGACUUUCUUGAAGACCAUUACAGGAGAGACGCAUGGCUUUAUAGUCGAUGAGGCUUCGCACAUCAACUAUCAGGGUGUCAGCCCAGAACUUAUGAACAAAAACUACCGCGGCGAGGCCAUCUACACCGCCGAGGUAGACGUUCACUUUCCGAUGAUGACGGUUGGCGAAACGCUGUACUUCGCAGCUCAGGCUCGUCGCCCUCGCCAGAUCCCCGGUGGUGUUAGCGUCGCGCAAUACGCAGAGCACCAACGUGACGUCAUCAUGGCACUCUACGGAAUCAGUCAUACGGUCAACACCCGCGUCGGCAACGAUUACAUGCGUGGUGUAUCUGGUGGUGAGCGAAAGCGCGUAACCAUCGCUGAAGCUUCACUUAGCAGAGCGCCGUUACAGGCUUGGGACAACUCCACCAGAGGUCUUGACUCUGCUAACGCUGUCGAGUUCUGCAAGACCCUUCGCAUGGAGACUGAAAUUAGCGGCACCACGGCUUGCGUCGCCAUCUACCAGGCUCCUCAAGCUGCGUACGACCUGUUCGACAAGGCUCUUGUUCUCUACGAAGGUCGUCAAAUUUACUUUGGCAAUACUACGGAUGCGAAACGGUUCUUCGUGGAAAUGGGCUUUGAAUGCCCCGAUCGACAGACUGAUGCCGAUUUCUUGACGUCCAUGACCAGUGCCCUGGAGCGCGUCGUCCGCCCCGGCUGGGAGGAUCGUGUUCCACGUACACCCGAUGAGUUCGCCCAGAGAUGGAAGGAUUCUCCAGAGCGAGCUGCUUUGCUACUACAAAUCGAAGCUUACGAGCAGAAAUAUCCCAUUGGCGGUGAGGCUGGCCAACAAUUCAAGGAGUCUCGUAAGGCGCAGAAGGCCAAGGGUCAACGUGAGAAAUCGCCUUACACACUGUCAUAUAUCCAGCAAGUGAAGCUUUGCUUGUGGCGAGGCUUCGUACGGUUGAAGGCUGAUCCCAGUAUUACCAUUACGCAGCUUAUCGCCAACUCCGUCAUGGCUCUCAUCAUCUCCUCCGUCUUCUACAACCUUCAACCCACUACCGGCAGCUUCUUCCAGCGAUCCGCCUUGCUCUUCUUUGCCAUCUUGAUGAACGCCUUUGGUUCCGCUCUCGAAAUCCUGGCUCUCUACGCCCAACGCCCGAUUGUUGAAAAACACUCUCGAUACGCGCUCUAUCACCCUUCGGCCGAAGCCUUCGCUAGUAUGUUGACCGACAUGCCAUACAAGGUCUUGAACUGCAUUACCUUCAAUCUGGUCCUUUACUUCAUGACGAACCUGAGACGAGAGCCUGGCAAUUUCUUCUUCUUUGUCUUGAUCUCAUUCACCCUCACCCUGGUCAUGUCCAUGUUUUUCCGAUCCAUCGCCGCGCUGUCUAGGUCCCUCGUGCAAGCUUUAGCUCCCGCUGCAAUUCUCAUCUUGGGUCUCGUCAUGUACACAGGUUUCACCGUCCCUCCGAGCUAUAUGUUGGGAUGGUCCAAGUGGAUCAAGUACAUCAACCCUGUCAGCUAUGGCUUUGAGGCUCUCAUGGUCAACGAAUUCCACAACCAAAGUUUCCAGUGUACUCAGUAUGUUCCUAUGGGCACUGGAUACCAGGCUGCUACGGGCACUGAGCGCGCAUGCUCCGUGGUCGGAUCAGUACCGGGCCAGGAUUUUGUCAUUGGCGACGCUUAUAUCGGUUCCGCCUUCAACUACUCUGCAUCCCGCAAAUGGCGCAACUACGGCAUCCUCUGGGCCUUCCUGUUCGCUUUGAUGGCAAUCUAUCUGGCGGGCACUGAGCUCAUUACGGCAAAGAAGUCCAAGGGUGAAGUCCUCGUCUUUCGACGUGGUCAUAAGCUCCCCGGCCCUACAAGUAAGUCUACCGAAGACCUAGAGUCUGCUCCUACUGGCCGCAAUGUCGCGGUACAAAACGACAGCUCCGACAACAUUGCCAUUAUCGAACGCCAGACUGCCAUCUUCCAAUGGAAGGACGUCUGCUACGACAUCAAGAUCAAGGGUGAGAAUCGUCGCAUUCUCGAUCACGUCGACGGCUGGGUCAAGCCAGGUACUCUGACAGCGCUCAUGGGCGUUUCUGGUGCUGGUAAAACCACGUUGUUGGACUGCCUGGCUACUCGGACAACUAUGGGUGUUAUCUCUGGCGAGAUGCUCGUGGAUGGCAAGCCUCGCGACGACUCUUUCCAACGUAAGACUGGCUACGCUCAACAACAGGAUCUGCAUCUUUCUACCUCGACUGUCCGAGAAGCCUUGACGUUCUCUGCGCUCCUUCGCCAACCCGCCCACAUCUCUCGCCAAGAGAAGAUUGAAUACGUCAGCGAAGUUAUCAAACUGCUAGAUAUGACCGAGUAUGCCGACGCUGUUGUUGGUGUGCCAGGCGAAGGUCUCAAUGUCGAGCAACGCAAGCGGCUGACUAUUGGCGUGGAGCUUGCCGCGAAGCCAGCUUUGCUUCUGUUUUUGGAUGAACCGACCUCCGGCCUAGACUCCCAGACUUCUUGGGCUAUUCUCGAUCUGCUUGACAAGCUGAAGAAGAACGGCCAGGCCAUUCUUUGCACCAUCCAUCAGCCCAGCGCUAUGUUGUUCCAGCGCUUCGAUCGACUUCUCUUCUUGGCAAAAGGCGGGAGAACUGUGUACUAUGGCGACGUUGGUCGCAACUCGCAGAUCCUAGUCGAUUACUUCGUGCGCAACGGUGGGCAUCCAUGCCCCGCAGAUGCUAAUCCUGCUGAAUGGAUGUUGGAAGUCAUUGGCGCAGCGCCUGGAUCGCAUACCGACGUGGAUUGGCAUCAGGCAUGGCGCAACUCUCCCGAGUAUGCUGAAGUGCGAAAUCAUCUUGCUGAACUCAAGUCGGAACGCUCGCAGAUGGAUGCCCUUCAACGCACUAUCUCGGCCCAGAAGCGUGAGGACAAGGCCGCUUAUCGUGAGUUUGCCGCGCCUUUUGGUGAGCAACUCCGCGAGACAACCCUUCGUGUGUUCCAGCAAUACUGGCGCAGUCCCUCCUACAUCUACUCGAAGACCUUCCUCUGCGUCAUGUCCGCCUUGUUCAUCGGUUUCUCCCUCUACCAGAUGCCCAAUACUCAGCAGGGUCUACAAAAUCAGAUGUUUGCCAUCUUCAUGUUGAUGACUAUCUUUGGUCAGUUAGCCCAGCAAAUCAUGCCUCACUUUGUCACUCAGCGUGCCUUGUACGAGGUUCGCGAGCGUCCUAGCAAGGCCUACUCGUGGAAGGCCUUCAUGAUCUCCAACAUUGCCGUCGAACUUCCCUGGAAUUCACUCAUGGCUGUCCUCAUCUUCUUUUGCUGGUACUACCCUAUUGGUCUGUAUCGCAAUGCCGAAGCUACCGAUGCUGUCACUCUCCGCGGUUUCCAGCUCUUCCUCUUCGUUUGGAUGUUCCUGAUGUUCACCUCCACGUUCACACAUAUGGUCAUCGCUGGUGUCGAAUCGGCCGAGACAGGUGGUAACAUAGCCAACUUGAUGUUCUCGCUUUGUUUGAUCUUCUGUGGUGUGCUCGCCUCGCCCUCGACCUUUCCCCGCUUCUGGAUCUUCAUGUACCGCCUCUCACCCUUUACGUAUUUGGUAUCUGGCAUGUUGUCUGUCGGUCUCGCCAACAGUUCCGUGCAGUGCGCAGUGAACGAGCUUAUCGUCUUCGAUCCACCGCAGGGCGAUACGUGCGAAAAAUAUAUGGCUGCGUUCCUGCGCACCGCCGGCGGCGUCGUCACCAACCCCAAAGCCACCAGUCGUUGCACCUACUGUGCCAUGGCUGACACCAAUGUCUUCCUGGCAAGGCUCUCGUCGAGCUAUUCCGAUGCGUGGAGGAACUUUGGAAUCCUCUGGGCGUAUGUCAUCUUCAACAUAUUUGCUGCGCUUGCCCUGUACUGGCUUAUCCGCAUGCCAAAGACCAGUAAGAAGAAGGAUAGCAAGGAGAAGGUUGGUGAGCACAAGGGUGCUGUUCAGGAGCAGAACCUACAUGAGCCGUCUCGCGUUGGAAGCCACACUGGCGGCCAGGCGGCGGAGCCAUCGAGGUAUGCAUCUAUCACUGGUGCUGAGACUCCUCCGCGCCAGGAUAACGAGAUUUCGGAGAAAGUGUGA